AUGGCCGGUCGCGUCAGACACCCCAUCGACGUCAAGGCGCUCGAGCGCUACAUUGAGCAGCAUGUGCCCGAGAUCAAGACGCCGCUGGACGUCAAGCAGUUCGGCUUCGGCCAGUCCAACCCAACAUACCAGCUCACCUCCCCGGACGGCCAGCGCUACGUGAUGCGCAAGAAGCCGCCGGGGAAGCUCAUCUCAAAGGCCGCCCACAAGGUCGAGCGCGAGUACCGCAUCAUCCACGCGCUCGAGCACACGGACGUGCCCGUGCCCAAGGCCUACUGCCUGUGCGAGGACGACUCGGUGGUGGGGACGCCCUUCUACAUCAUGGAGUUCCUGGACGGCCGCAUCAUCGAGGACCCGGCCAUGCCCGGGCUGUCCGCGCGCGAGCGCACCGCCCUGUGGAAGGCCGCCAUCGAGACCCUCGCCAGGUUCCACCGCGUCGACUUCCGCGCCGUCGGGCUCGAGGCCUACGGCAAACCCCAAGGGUUCUACAACCGCCAGCUCGCCACGUGGCGCACCAUUUGCGCCGCCCAGGCCGCCGCAAAGGACACCGACACGGGCAAGCCCGUCGGCGACCUGCCGCACUUUGACGAGCUGCUGGCCUUCUUUGCCGACCCGGCCCGCCAGCCCCGCGACAAGGGCACGCUGAUCCACGGCGACUACAAGAUUGACAAUGUCGUCUUCCACAAGACGGAGCCCCGCGUCAUCGGCAUCCUCGACUGGGAAAUGUCCACCGUCGGCCACCCACUCAGCGACAUUGCCAACAUCAUGGGGCCCUUCUACAACGCAAAGAUGAGAGCCAUGUACUCGUCCUCCCCGGCCUUCCUCGAGGGCGCAACCCCGGGCCUGCCUGACCCGGACACCAUCAUGAGGUGGUAUGCCGACGUCGCCGGCUGGGAUCCGAAACCCGAGAUGAACUGGGCCCUCGCCUUUAGCACCUUCCGCCUCGGCGCCAUCUGCCAGGGCAUCGCCGCCCGCGUGGCCACCAGGCAGGCCAGCAGCGAGAGCGCCGUCAAGCACGCCUCGUCCAUGGGACCCUUGUCUGAGUACGCAUGGCAGCUUGUCCAGGACGAGCUGGACACAAAAGGAGGCGCCGCCAAGGCAAGAUUAUAG